UGCUAGCUGAAGACUUUAUUAAAGUUUAAAACACUUAGGCUUAGUUAAAUUGCUAGGAUAGACAUAUAAUAGUUUAUAUCAAUAUUUUUCCAUAUGGCAAUUCACGAUCAAGCUCUUUUAAGAAAACUGAAGAAGAGGGAGAAACAUAAACAAAAGUUAAGAAAAAUGAAACAACUAGAGAGAAGUCAAACCUGCAAAAGUAACUCUGACUCUGAGAGUGUUACUGUUACUAGUGUUAGAAGUCAGGAAAAUGAAGAAAUCAGUCAUAGUCUUAAUGAACAGAACACGGUUGAGGAUGUUUCAGACAAAGAUCAGGAGAUAUCUGUUAUGGAUGCUGUUGAAACUGGAGAUAUAACUUUGGAUAGUGAAAAUGAUUCUGCUGAACCAAAGAAAAAGAAAAGAAAGAAAGUUGUAAAACUAGAGAAAAAACAGAAAGAAGACGAUAGAAAUUCUUCAGAUCUCAAAGUUGAAAAUGAUGAUUGUAAAGAAGAGGACUCUGAAAAUGGUAACAAAAAAACAAAGAAAGUUGCAAAACUCGAGCAAAAGCAGAAAAAAGACAACAGAAAUUCUACAUACAGUGAAGUUGAAAAUGAUGGUUGUAAAGAAGAGGGCUCUGAAAAUGGAAAAGAUGCAAGUGAAAUUGAAUGUGAUGAUAAAACCAUCAGUGAGGAGGGUCCCUCAACAGAAGAAAACCUUUUGCCAGGUACAAGUAUGGGAAUUCUUACUGAUACAUCUUUUGCUUCCCUUGAGAAUAAAGUGUCUGAGUUCACACUAAAAGGCAUAGCUGAUAUGGGCUUUACAAAUAUGACAGAGAUUCAAGCAAAAGCCAUUCCUCAUCUUUUAGAAGGAAGAGACCUUGUAGGUGCUGCUAAGACAGGCAGUGGCAAGACUCUAGCAUUUUUGAUACCUGCUAUUGAAUUGAUCUACAAGCUAAAAUUCAUGCCUCGUAAUGGAACAGGGGUAAUUGUUAUAUCACCUACAAGAGAAUUGUCCAUGCAGAGUUUUGGCGUUUUGAAAGAACUACUUAAACAUCAUUAUCACACAUAUGGCCUAGUGAUGGGAGGCACGAACAGGCAGUCAGAGGCUCAGAAACUUAGCAAAGGCGUCAACAUUCUGAUAGCUACCCCUGGUCGGUUACUGGACCACUUACAGAACACACCCAAGUUCUUGUAUAAAAAUCUUCAGUGUCUUAUCAUUGAUGAAGCAGACAGAAUCCUUGACAUUGGAUUUGAAGAAGAAUUGAAACAAAUCAUUAAAAUUUUACCGAAGAGAAGGCAGACAAUGUUGUUCAGUGCAACAUUAACCAAAAAGACAGACGAUCUGAUAAAGUUGGCUUUGAAGAAGGAACCAAUGUGCAUUGGUAUAGAAGACAUUAAAGAAAAGGCAACAGUUGAAGGUCUAGAACAGGGUUAUGUCGUCUGUCCAUCAGAAAAAAGGUUUUUGCUACUUUUCACAUUCCUGAAGAAGAAUAGAAAGAAGAAAGUGAUGGUGUUUUUCAGCUCAUGUAUGUCCGUCAAGUUUCACCAUGAACUUCUGAACUAUAUUGAUUUGUCAGUCAUGAGUAUACAUGGAAAACAAAAACAGACAAAACGAACAACAACAUUUUUCCAGUUUUGCAACGCGGAGUCGGGAAUUUUGCUUUGUACUGAUGUGGCUGCUAGAGGUCUUGAUAUUCCAGCAGUUGAUUGGAUAGUGCAGUAUGAUCCUCCAGAUGAUCCAAAGGAGUACAUCCACAGGGUGGGGCGAACAGCCCGUGGGGAGGGAGGCCGUGGACACGCCCUGCUGAUCCUACGCCCUGAGGAGCUGGGAUUCCUUAGGUACCUAAAACAAGCCAAAGUUCCGCUUCAAGAAUUUGAUUUCUCCUGGAACAAGAUCGCCAACAUUCAGCCUCAGCUGGAGAAGCUGAUUUCGAAAAACUACUUCCUUCACAUGUCUGCAAAGGAAGCUUAUAAAGCAUACGUCAGAGCUUACGACUCUCACCAUUUGAAGCAGAUCUAUGACGUUAACACUCUAGAUCUGAUUUCAGUCGCAAAGUCUUUCGGUUUUUCAGUGCCUCCUAGCGUUGAACUUAAAAUUGGCAACGUUAAAAACUCACGGCCCCGAAAACGAGGAGGAUAUGGAAAUUACCAGAACAUGAACAGGAAAACAGAAAAGACUGUUUUUUACAAACCCAUCCCUAUUAAAAAAGACAAGAGACAAUUCACAAGGUGACGCACCGCAUGAGCAAGUGUUGAGAGAAUGCACAUCCAUUUUAAAGAUCACCAGGAACAAUGUUAAUAAAUUUGUAUUUUACGUUCCAUUCUAUAUUCUUUAAAAUAAAUUGCUGUAGUCAUUUUGGGUUUA